UACAAAUACAAAAAUAAAUACAUACAAUAAUAAUAAAUACAAAAAUAAAUACAUACAAUAAUAAUAAAUAAAAAACAAAUACAAAAAUAAAUACAUACAUCUUGUCAAAACGGGGACUGUGGUGCGGUUUAUUUUCCUGGAAUAUGUUGUCUUUGUAGCAUAUUCAACUGAAUAUGGGUUGAAAAGGAUUUGCAAAUCAUUGUAUUCUGUUUAUAUUUACAUCUAACACAAUUUCCCAACUCAUAUGGAAACAGGGGUUUGUAUUUCUUGGAUGGAAUAAAAUACAUUUUACAGAACGUAAUGAAAAAAGUUCAUUCUUCCAGAAAAUAAUAAUAAUUGUGGAAAUUGUGUAUUUUCUUUAAAUUAAUUUGGGUAAAAAAACAAUAAAAAUACAGUAUAUAUUUACAAGUUAAUGCUACAGUGAAUCAUUAAAGCUAAUAAAGAGUGUAAGGGUUACUAUGACAACAGUGAAAGCUGCUCUAUGAUGACCUCCAAUGAGAGGCAGGACAUCCAAAAGAUAAUCCCAGCAUGCACAAGCAGUGUCUCUUGCAGGCUCUCAGCAGCACCUUCCCGUCAUUCUGGAAGCUUCUGCAAAGCCUGUCUGCUGUGUGUCUGCAGGGGAGGAGCCAGCCUGGACUUCACAAGCAGGCUGCGCAUAUUUGUGAUCGUCGUCAUGUAUUUGAACAACAAGAGCACCGCGAGCGCCAACACAGAUCGGACGAAGAAGAAAGCAAAAACGAGGGCUCAACCGUGUCCAGAGAAGAUCCUGAAACGGGUAUCCCGAAAAAAUGUCAAAAAGUCGGAGAGUAGCGGCGAGGAUCAGGAUGCCAUGCAGCACACGGCCUUCGGGAAGGCCUUCUACGACCUGAGCCACUCCGAGCGGGUGAUGGACGACCUCACCUUUGGACGCCGCGUGGGACUGUACGAGCUCAGAGGAGAGAUCGGCUCUGGGAACUUCUCCCAUGUACGACUGGGGAUACAUGACCUGACCAAAGAGAGAGUGGCGGUCAAAGUCCUGGACAAAGUGCGUCUGGACAAGCGGUCGCAGUCGCUCUUCGCCUCGGAGAUCGCCUGCAUGGAGAAGCUGGCUCACCCCAACAUCGUGCGUCUCUACGAGGUGGUGGAGACCCUCAAGAGGCUCUACUUGGUGAUGGAGUACGCCGGCGGAGGGGAACUGUUCUCCCUUAUCAGCACCAGGGGGCGCCUUUCCAACUUGCAGAGCAAGCUGGUGUUUGCUCAGGUGUUGUCAGCAGUGAAGCACAUGCACGAUAGCGACUUGGUCCACAGGGACUUGAAGGCCGAGAACGUCUUCUUCACCAGCACCUGCUGCAUCAAAGUGGGCGACUUCGGCUUCAGCACCUCCUGCCGCCCCGACGACGUCCUGCACACUUUCUGCGGCUCCCCGCCGUACGCCGCACCCGAACUUUUCAAGGAGUCGGGCUACCUGGGCAGGUAUGUGGACAUGUGGGCGCUGGGCGUCUUGCUGUACUUCAUGGCCAGCGCCGCCAUGCCGUUCAGAGCUGCCAACACGGGCCGGCUGAGGCGUUGCAUCCUGCUUGGCUCCUACAGCAUCCCGCCGUACGUCCCCGACCCCUGCAAAGAGGUCAUCAGGGGGCUGCUGAGACCCGUGCCCGCCGACCGCCUGACCCCCGCCAAGAUCGUAGCCAGCGAUUGGAUGAGAGGCGUGGAAUACCCGCAAGCUUACCCGACCUGUCGCCCCACUCCUUCCCACCUGGCGGCGCCCGCUUGCCUCCUCGGUGCGGACGAUUUAAGCAUUAAGGCGGCGCUGAAGGAUCUGGGCAUUGGCGAGAUCCACCUGCUGGACCACGGCGUGGACCUGAGGAGCCCCGUGACCGGUGCCUACCGCAUCUUGCUGCACCGCGCCCAGAGGAGGAGGUCGGUGGAGGCGGUGGGCUACAACGACGCUUGCACAAAGGAGGCCCGGGGUCGACUCAAAUGGAUGGACGAGCGGCGCUCGGUGGUUUGUGUCGUCAUGUAGCGCUCUUUGCCGUUCAAUCAAGAACCGGAAUCAGAAUCGGAAGACCGUAUUUCCUUGAAUUGCCGCCGGGGCGCUAAUUAAUUUAAAACCUCUUCUCACUCCUGCGCUUACCAAAGGCAUGCGGUAAAAGUAAGCAUGUGCUAAUUAUUUUAAAACCUCCCUCCGGCACUUACCAAAGGCAUGCAGUAAAAGUAAGCAUGUGCUAAUUAUUUUAAAACCUCACUCCGGCACUCACCAAAGGCAUGCGGUAAAAGUAAGCAUAAGCUAAUUAAUUUAACACCUCUUCUCACUCCUGCGCUUACCAAAGGCAUGCAGUAAAAGUAAGCAUGUGCUAAUUAUUUUAAAACCUCACUCCGGCACUUACUAAAGGCAUGCGGUAAAAGUAAGCAUGUUCUAAUUAUUUUAAAACCUCACUCCGGCACUUACCAAAGGCAUGCAGUAAAAGUAAGCAUGUGCUAAUUAUUUUAAAACCUCACUCCGGCACUUACUAAAGGCAUGCGGUAAAAGUAAGCAUGUGCUAAUUAUUUUAAAACCUCACUCCAGCACUUACCAAAGGCAUGCGGUAAAAGUAAGCAUGUGCUAAUUAUAUUAAACCUCCCUCCGGCAAUUACCAAAGGCAUGCGGUAAAAGUAAGCAUGUGUUAAUUAUAUUAAAACUUCACUCCGGCACUUACCAAAGGCAUGCAGUAAAAAUUUGAGUGUGAUGUAAGGAUACCAUCAUGAAAAGCACAUUUAAUAAAUAAAUAAAAAACGUUAUUAUGGUCUUACCUUUACUUAUAAAUGAAGUCCAUGCGCAGCUCCUCCUGAUCAAAAGCAUCGAUAACUUGUUUAUAGAAGUCUUCCUUAUCUUUCUUCAGUUUGAAAAGUCUCUCUGUCUCGAUGGAGAUCUUCUUUUAUUACCUCCUGCUUCGAUUGAAAGUCCAGUUUAGAAAACUGCUUUCAGUUAGAUCAGCUCGUCGAGUGCAGGCGACGACAGAAUUAUCCUUGGACAACUCCCCCUCCCGUUUUGCUCCGUGGGUGAUCUCUUUAUCCCACCGCUGCCACCAUGAAGUGUUAUUGUAUGAAUAGUAGACUGGGUAUUUAGGACUGGAAUAUGCUUUAUUUUAGCCCGGUUGAUUACAUAGCCAGCAUAGGAGGGUUGGAUCCUAAAAGGUCCGUCGUGCACCCCAAGCCCCGCCUCAUAUCCGUCCAAGCACAUAUCAUGUCACUCGUUGUCACUUCUUCCACAGCCGAGUAGUCGCAAGAAGGAUCACUAGCGCCCUCUACCACCAUGAGGCGGGAGUUAUUUAAUGACUCAUAUUUGACACACGCAGCUACGGUAUAUUAAUAAAACAUAGCUGCUUACUGUUCUGUUUAGCAUAUUCAAUAGCUUAGAUCUGAAAUCCUACUGAACAGCUCUUAAUCUUCUUCCCUUUAUGCGAUUUCAAAUGAUUGAAAUCAGCCUCCUCCAUUUUGAAAAUGAUGACAGGUGAAGUGUCACUCGUGACGUGACGAGUUUGACCCUGUGGAAAUUCAAGGCAGGCACAUACUAUAUACCCGGCGGCAAUUCAAGGAAAUACGGUAGUUUCUAUUGCCAAUUUUUGAGAAAGGGUUCAAAAACUAAGAAUUUUACUUGGUGCAAUGGUGCACUUAGAAGAAGAAGAUGGAUGGAUGGAUGGAUGGAUGGAUGGAUGGAUGGAUGGAUGGAUGGGCAAGGGUGCAACAUAAAACACAGAAUAAGUAAUAAUAUGAGGUGUAACUGAGCUGUCAGAUGUUGUUAUUGUUCAGGUGUUGGUCUGGAUCUGGGGUCACCAACGCAGUGCCCGCGGGCACCAAGUCGCCCGUAAGGACCAGAUGAGUCGCCCGCUGGCCUGUUCUAAAAAUAGCUCAAAUAGCAGCACUUACCAGUGAGCUGCCUCUAUUUUUUUAAAUUGUAUUUAUUUACUAGCAAGCUGUUCUGGCUUUGCUCGACAUUUUUAAUUCUAAGAGAGACAAAACUCAAAUAUAAUUUUUUAAAAUCCAAGAAAAUAUUUCACUCGUUUAAAUAAAUUCAUUUAUUUUUUACUUUGCUUCUUAUAACUUUCAGAAAGACAAUUUUAGAGAAAAAAAUACAACCUUAAAAAUGAUUUUAGGAUUUUUAAACACAUAUACCUUUUUACCUUUUAAAUUCCUUCCUCUUUUUUCCUGACAAUUUAAAUCAAUGUUCAAGUACAUUUUUUUUUUUAAUUAUUGUAAAGAAUAAUAAAUACAUUUUUAUUUAAUUAUUUAUUUCAGCUUCUUUUUUUUCGACAAAGAAUAUUUGUGAAAUAUUUCUUCAAAUUUAUGUUUAAAAUUCCCCAAAAUUAUUCGGGCAAAUAUAGAAAAUCUGUAGAAUCAAAUUUAAAUCUUAUUUCAAAGUCUUUUGAAUUUCUUUUAAAAUUUUUGUUCUGGAAAAUCUAGAAGAAAUAAUGAUUUGUCUUUGUUAGAAAUAUAGCUUGGUCCAAUUUGUAGCCCUUGGCAUUAAUCAGUAAUUUAUGUUCCAUACAUUUUAUUUUUUAUUUUUUGCAAAAAGAUUCAAAUUAGCUAGUUUUUCUCUUCAUUUUUUGGGGUAAAAUUUUGAAUUUUAAAGAAACGAAAUAGAAGAUGUUUCAAAAUUUAAUUUUCAUUUUUUCCGUGUUUUCUCCUCUUUUAAACCGUUCAAUUAAGUGUUUUUUUCAUCAAAUUAAAUUUUGAAACCUAGUUUAUCGUCAAUUUCCACUCUUUAAAAUUCGAAAUUCACCUGAAAAAAAGAGGGCAAAAACUAACUAAUUUGAAUCUUUUUGAAAAAAAAAUUUAAAUAAUUUAUGGAACAUCAUUAGUAAUUUUUCCUGAUUAAAAUUAAUUUUAGAGUUUUGAUGACAUGUUUUAAAUAGGUUAAAAUCCAAUCUGCACUUUGUUAGAAUAUAUAACAAAUUGGACCAAGCUAUAUUUCUAACAAACACAAAUCAUUAUUUCUUCUCGAUUUCCCAGAACAAAACAUUAAAAAAAAAAUUAAAAAUACUUUAAAAUAAGAUUUAAAUUUGAUUCUUGUCACGCCUAUGGAUCAUGUUUUGUUUUGGUCAUGUUCGGUUUUGUUUUUUGGACACUCAGUUCCUGUUUUGCACUUCCUGGUUCGUUUUCGUUACCAUGCCAACUCAUUAGUUUUCACCUUGUCUUCAUGUCACGCCCCUGUCUUCUUGUCUCACACCUGUUUGCAGUUAUCAUGUUCAUUAUUUAAGCCACAGUUCCCAGGUAGUCAGCCUGGCAGCAUCACUUCCUUCUCAUGUCUACCACCUUGCAGAGAUCCAUGUCAUGUAAGUUUUUGUUUAUAGUUCAUAGUUAAUUGCCUUUGUGCUAGUCUUUUGUUUUCAUAGCCCGGUUUUUGUACCGCCAGUGUGGGUUGAUGAGGCUUCAUGUAUCGUUUGGACACAUUGCAAAACUGUAUCGAUACUGUGUCACUAAAUACUGACAUCUGCUGGACAUUAAAAAUCCCUACAGGCAACCUAUGUACCAACUCAA